AUGGCGCCAAGCGUUAUGAAUGGGUCUUUUUCCAAUGAUCCCCAUGUGAGGAAACGGGCUUUUGGGCUAGACAAUCCAGAUCGGGUGGAGAGAAUCCUGGACCACGGACAGAAGCUGUGUCACCACGACAACACCAAGGCACGCAAGAUCAAGUUUUUAGAAGAUGUUCCCGAUCUCGAGGACUUCUUAUCGGCUCUAGAGGAAGAGCUUGAUAAUUCGAUGAAGAAAUAUUUCCUGGAUAGCAACAGAUACUACGUCCAGAGAAGUGACUUCGAGCGGAUUCUCACACCGGAAAAGGUCCUCCAGGUAGUCAACAAGUUGCCAUGCUACAAAUCGAAAACACGUGAGGAAAAGCGUAAAAUAGCCGAAGAAAUCUGUUUUGGAAGCAAAUCCAAUCCGCCAUGUAUAAAAGUCUUCGGCGCGUUGCUGAUGAGCGAUCAGAUCCAGGAUAUUGAAGUUCAUAGGAAGGACGGACUGUGCGAUCAAUGUCUUCCAUUGAUAUUUAGUGAGAAGGGAUUUCGAUUAAGCUGCGAUCGACAUAACAAGGAACACGCAGGAUUCAACGACAAGCGCGCCAGAAACCGCAAAAGAUUCAACGAGGUCGCUCGUGCCUUUGUGGCUCCAUACAUAAAAUGGAAGGAUGAUAAACACUUUCACUACGUCAUCCGUGACGGAAGCUGUUUGCCCAUCUACGAUCACAAGAAGAUCGACAAAAAUACUCACGAUGAAGGUCUAAAAGCAGUCCUAGAAGCAACAAACAAUGGAGGGUACGGAGGAUUCAGUGAGGUAUAUCGGGUGAAAAUAUCGAAAUGUCACUAUGAUUGGAGUGACACCAAGGGACGACACCAUAAGGGCUACUUUGCUCUCAAGAAACUCACUCCGCGCUAUACUGAGCGUGAAAGUUUCAACCUAGAACUCUCGACACUGAUCUAUUCAGCCGAUCAGAAAGGGAAUAAGGACCAUUUGAUUAAACUCCUUGCCACGUUUGAAGAGCACAAUUCUGCACAAGGGCAGGACCGUCCCACUUACUAUUUGCUCUUCGACUGGGCAGAAGGAGAUUUGGCGAGGUAUUGGAAGGAGAACGAGAGAUUUGUUGGCGACCCAAAGCAUUGUGUCUGGAUGUCGGUCCAGUUUUGCGGCCUCGCGGAGGGCCUGCAGAUAUUACACAACGAUCGAGAGGAGAACUUGAAGUUCCUGCCUCAAAAUGUUUCAGACCCGAACCUAUAUGGCAGACACGGCGACAUAAAGCCAGGUAAUAUCCUGUAUUUCGAAACAGGCAAGUCGGAGGCCCCGAAGCAAAGUCUGGUACUGGCAGACUUUGGGCUUGGAAGACUGCAGACCAAGUAUUCAAGGUCCAAACAAGAUCCAAAGUCUCUGGCAAGAACGGAAACGUAUCGCUCUCCCGAGUUCGAUCUACCUCCUCCCAAAGGCAUGGUAUCGCCAGCCUCUGACAUUUUCAGUCUUGGGUGUGUCUUUCUUGAAUAUAUCUCUUGGUAUAUUCUGGGGACCAAGGCUGUAAUGAUAGACUUUACUGACACGAGGAUGGCGCAUGAUAUCUACGGUUUCGAUGUAGAUAUCUUCUUCAACAUCACUACAGAACCCAAUGGGGAUCAGGAUGCUGAACUCAAGCCAUCAGUCAAGAAAUGGAUCCAGAAGCUGAAAAAGCAUCGCUCCUGCAAUGACUACAUCAAUCAAAUGCUGGACGUUAUUGAGGAGCAUAUGCUGGACCCGAACCCAAAGACAAGAUGGAGGUCCAUGCAAUUAGUGAGAGAGCUCCAGGCCAUCAAAAUUACAUGCCAGAGGGUGCCGAGCUUCUAUACCAAAAAUUCCAAUUCUAGUAAGUCGUCACACGCCAACACCACCCGGAACGAUACGCGCAAUAAAGAGAAGCCUGGUGGUCUGACAGCUUACUACCAGUCGAUGAGAGGACAUCGUGGCUGA